AGCCAAUGCGCCGGCUCAAGCUCCGAUGGAGAGCUCCCUGGAGUGGGUGGCCAUGGAUAGCCCAGGCCUAGCGCUGUCACCGGCGCAGAGCAAAGAUCUGAGCGUCUUCGGCGCCGCCGUGGUCAUUGCCAAGGCGAACUGGGGAAUCGGCAUGAUCGCGAUGCCCUUCUACCUGCACUCGGCCGGCUUAGGUGCCGGACUUUUGUUCUUCCUUCUCAGUAGCGCCGUGGCGGCGGACGCGGCGAUCCUCACACACCGCCUGCGCCAACGCCUGGGGGAGACCUGCUGCAAGAAUGCAUAGGAGGCGCCAGGCGCCAGGCCGUUUGCGUUUUUUCCAUUGGCUGAAAUGAACAUGUGGC